AUGGCAGGGGAGCUGGGCCUUCAGCUCUGGUGGGCUUGUGACUCCUUCAACGGAAAACUGCAGAAGAAGUGGCCCUGUGACCUUCAAGCUGCAGAGAAAGCUUCCUUCCCCCAGCUCCCUCAGACACUUGCCCUGGGGGAAGCCAUGUGGAGAGGCCCCCGGGGUGCCCACCAGACGGCCCCAGAGGCGCUCCCGGCCAAAGCCGGCAUCACCGGCUGCCAGACCCGGCACACAGGAGCUGUGUGCCCGCUGAGCUGUGGCCCCCGAGGCGCCGAGACACUGGCGUCUCCUGCAGACUCAGCUCCGCCUCCUGAGUGCAUUGGCUUCCUCCUCUCUCUCUGCUUCCCCCUCACUCACUCUGCCUCCUCCGGUCCCCAGCUCGUGGUGACUCACGGCUGGCAACCACAAGGGGAAGGGAAUGGUGAAGACCAAGGAACCUUGGAGCUUUACUUCCCUGCCACCGUGGAGUACGCCGUACAUGUAUUCAACCAGAGGAGCCAGGACAGGAAUGCCUACAAGGUGGUGCGCGUCCUGAGGUCGUGGAAGGAGCCGGCAAAUGGCAUCGUGUUCUCCACGGAGCUGCAGCUCGGCCGAACCAGGUGUGGGAAAUUUGACGAAGAUAUUGACAACUGUCCGUUUCAAGCAAGUCCAGACGUGAACAAUGUAAGACACGCGACAGCGGCCCUCAGGUUACACGGCCGUGGACGCUGCCUCGGGGCAGGGGGUGUGCGGAGUGAUGACAACGCCGUUCCAAGGGACACGGAGGGGCAUUUGCAGGAUGGAGCCCAGCCAGGCCGGCCAGCCCCGGUCACUUGUACGCCCCUGGCCUGUCUAGCCGCUGCACCCCAGGUCACACUGGGGUCAGGCUGCUCCUGACCACUUGGGUCCGGGUCACCUGGGCCAGAGACGGGAAUGCCCCCUCCCUGGUGUUCACCCACCUCCCUUCCCUGCCUUCAGGAGAAGUGGGGGGGGCAACAACAUCACCUUGGCCGAGUAGCCCCGUCUCGGGUCCCCCUGCCACUGACCCAGAGCCCGAGGGGUGGAAGCUGAGGAGCCCCACUGCCCUCCCUCCCAGGCCCUGCCCUGGCGAUAAGGCGGGUGAGCCCCGCCCCGGGACAAACCCGACUUGGAUCAGACGCCCUGCUGGGACGCUGGGGGCAUGGGUCACACUGGGACAUCCUGGGGGCCGGGUCCCUGGAGACCACAGAGCUGGAGACGGGAGAAUGACCCAGGUGCCUCUGGGGUCCGGAGAGAGUCCCAGGUCGGGAACAUCCAGGACUGAGGGCCAGAGCCUGCACCCCCAGCUGCCCACCCCAGCAAGGCAAGGUUGGGGGGAUGCUGGCUUUAGAGCUGGAGCCACAUGCUUCCCAAGGCCCCUCCCCCGACUCUCUGUCCCUGUGCUUUGUCCCGCAGACCAUCACCUGCUUCUUUACAAUCGACACUGAACCCUGGAAAACAAAGUUUCAACUCUUGAACAACACCUGCUCGGAAGGCUCCACUGAGUGAGACCACACCCUGUCGUGACCUUUCAGUGGCUGAGCAGCUACGGUUCUGUCCUCUGUAUGAGCAGGUGUCUGGGUGUCACAUCCGGGCAAUGUGGACAUUCCUCCCUGUCAUUUCCUCCCGUAGAAUUGGUCAUUAAACGUCAGCACUGCAAGCAGCUUUGUGCCGCCUGGUUCCAGAGGAUGGGGGCUGGGCAGCUGAGGCCGUCCUGCCAGCAGGGCAGCCGGCUGGGGGGGAUGGGUUUCUCUCCCUUGGACACCUGAGCCAGCCGCAGGUGGCUGGGCCAGGAGCCCAGGUGUGUCCGACCUGUAUCUCUGGGCUCGUGGGGUGACCGUCGUCCUCAGAGGGGCAUCAGCACAGCCUGGCAGGGAACCCUCAGUGCAGGAUGGACCCAGGCAGGGCCUAAGGCCCCUCAGCACCUGCCGUGGCGUCUUGCUCACACACACCCGCUGGUCCAGGAUGUUCGGGGCGGGGCAGAAUAUAGGAGGGGCUCCAGCCUCCACUUAAGGUGGGCCCACGCCCCAGAAGCUGCAGUGUCUCCUGAAGCCUCUUAGAAACAUGCAGCCCCAGGGUCUCUGGACUUUUGGAUAAGGAGGCUGCAUUCUCUCCAAACCCAGGGACCAUCGGAUAAUCAAAGUUGAGAGGUACUGGUGAGGCCCACGAUAUGGAGACCCUGUGCAGAUCUCCCA